AUGCCACCAAUGGGGUGCGUUAGCAGCAGAGGCAUGGAAGCCCCGGACCUCGAUAGUAGUACCGAAUACGACAGCAGCACCAUCUCCCGAACCACGUCGCAGUCUUCCCGAGCCACCGCGCAGUCGCCGAGCCUCCAUGCUCGGCGGUCAGGACCAGCUCCGUCCAGAGGCUUGGGAGGAGCGAUGGGACAGAUGGCAGGAUCGCAGCCAGUAAAGGACCUGUUGGACGUGUUCAUUGACGAGGUAGAGAGUUCGCACAAGCGAAAGUCAAAGAGCAAGACACACAGACACAAGGGGUCAUCUGGAGAAGCUGGUGCAGCGGGGGAUGUUGGGGCAGCGGGGGAGGCUGGGGAAACGGGGGAGAGUGGAGCAACAGCGGAAGUUGGAGCGGCAGGGAGGAUUGGGGUAGAAAGAGCGUCUGAGGCCGCAGGAGUAAAGGCAGCAGAUAUUGGGGCGUUGAGAGGAGGGGAGGUGAAAGGAACAGCUAUUGGGGCAUCCCAGGGUGAGGUAGAGGGGCGAGCAACAGAAGGGCGGAAGGGAGGUGAGGAGGAAGAUGGGAUGGGGCCGCGAGAGAAAGGGCGGGGUUUGGAGUGCACAUUAGAUGAGCGCUCAUCUAAUAGUAAGGCGGCUGGACCAGAUACGGAAGUAGCAACAGCAACAGCAGCGCCAGACUCAGCUCCUUUACCUACAGAGACAUAUCUUCUGAAUAAUCCGGCUUGCGAGCUUGCAAGGCACGCUGGCGCCACAUCGGAUGCCACGUCAGAUCCUCAUGCUGGGAGCUUAAGCACAAACGGUCCUCCUCCUCCUGUUCACAGCAACCCUGCUACAGCCUGCUCCGCGGAUUCAGUGCAUCUAGACAAUCCCAAGGGCGCCUCGUGGAAGGCUGACAAUCCCAAGGCUGGUUCAGGGGAGGUGAAAAAUCCCGGAGCUGCACAACAGGAUACAGGGGAACCAGCAGGCUUAGGUUCGGGAUGUACAGACCAGGCAGGUAGCUUCGGUGGUGUGGUUCGGGCCAGCCCUGGCGAGGCUGAAGCAGGGGCGGGUUUUGAGGGAGAGGUUGGGAGAGUAGGUUCGGGGAGGGACGGACCUGUCGUCCGAACCUGGGAGGUUGACCCGGAGCGCCGAGCCAAGAGCUGGAGAAGAGACGUGGAGGCCGAGUUCUCUAGGGGUGAAAAGAAGAGAAGAGGCUCGAAGGCGCAGGUAGUAACAGCUCCGGAAGCAGCAGGUGUGGGCGAUGGGGAUGGUGUAAGCAGAGGACCAACGGUUGUGAUUGACUCUGGAGCGGAGGAAGCUAAUAAGGAGCGUCAGAUGGAGCAGCCCGUACGUGCUAUUGGUAAUGCAGGUACAGGGGAGGGCGGAGGGGGCGAUAGAAAGGAGGGCGGGGGCACGUAUGUGAAUUUAGACGCGCCUCUGAUUUCGUCUGGUGAGGGGGAGGGUGGUGGUGGCACGUACCUGUUUGCAAUGAAGCUGCGACGAGUGAGGAGCUCGGGAGAUGUCACGAAAGGGGAUGUCUCUAAAGGGGAUGUUGUUUCUAACGGGGAUGCUACUGACGCGGAUGUUGUCAGCAGCGGCGCUGCACCUGCGAGUGCUGGGGUGAAGGCCAGGCAGGAGGGGAAGGGGAGCCUGCUGGGUGUGCUGGAGCAUGAGUGCAUGGGGGAGGGGGAGGGAAGGAGUAAGGGGGAGGAUGAGGAAAGAAGCAAGGAGGGUCAGGAGGGGAGGAAUGAGGAGGCGGAGGGCCAGGCUAGCCCCAGCAGCAGUAGGCCGGUGCAAGGCAUGCAGAGAGACAGUGGCUUGGUGAUGCGGGGAAAUGGUGCUGUGGUGCAGAGGAAGCGAGCACUGACGGGUGAGGAGAACGCACAAGGAGGAGAUGAGAGGGAGGGAGGGCAGGGAAGCCGAGGGCAAAGGGAGGCCGAGGAGAAUGGUGGUGGCGGGGGUGGUGAUGAUGAUCUAAUGCUUACUGGCAGCUUCUCCUGCUUCGCCAGGAGUCCCAGGCCCAGCCAGCCUGAUGCAAAAUUCAGUGCAGGGUGGGGUGGGAAUGCCUUUGCCUCUGCUGGCGCUGCUGCCGCUGCUGCUGGCGCUGGCGCUGGCACUGCUGCUAGUUCCCGAGCAAGGUCAUCAACCAAGCAUCCCCGCAAGUCGAUAUCCUCUUCAAAGCCAUCCUCGUUAAGAGUGCCUUCUCCGAAACCUCCAUCUCUCGAACCACGGUCUCCUAAAGCAAGUCUGUUAACGUCCUUCUCGUUGGAAGCCCACUCACCUAAGGUACUGUCGUCUCGAGCCCCUCCCACACUCUCCCUCCCCCCAGCCUCCCCCAGGUCCCCCUCCCUCCCUCCCCCAUCCCCCUCAGGUGUCUCCGCCAACCUUCCCCCAGCCUCCCCCAGGUCACCCUCCCUCCAACGCCCUCUAGCCUCCUCGCCCCGGGCUUCAUCAGCCAAAAGGGGCGUGUCCAUAGUCCUUCCCACAGCCCCUGUCCCAACCUCCCCCAAUCCUACCUCCCCCAAGCCUCCCUCCUCCACGCUUCUUUCCCCCAGGCCUGCCUCCCCCAAGCCUGCCUCCCCCAAGCCUGCCUCCCCCAAGCCUGCCUCCUCCAAGCCUGCCUCCCCGAAGCCCACCUCCCCCAAGCUCUCCUCCCCCAAGCCCGCCUUUGCCGAGCCUACAUCCCCUAAGCCUGCUGCCAAUGCUGCCUCCUCUGCUCCUGCUUCUCCUGCUGCUGCCACCUGUGCAACCACCGCUGCUGUCACUGCUGCUGCCGCUGCUGGUUUGGAGCAGCAAGAAGCAGACGAAGACGCCCUUCUCCUCUCUCUUGAAGCACCUCAAAACUCGCCUGCUGCCCCUGCUGCCUCCUCUGCUGCUGCUGCCUCUGCUGCUGCCUCUGCUGCUGCCUCCUCUGCUACUGCUGCCUCUGCUGCUGCCUCUGCUGCUGCCUCUGCUGCUGCCUCCUCUGCUGCUGCUGCCUCUGCUGCAGCCACUGAUGAUUCUCAGCAGCAAGAAGCGGACGAGGAUGCUCUUCUCCUCUCUCUUGAAGCACCUCAAAACCCACCUGCUGAUCCUGCUGCCUCCUCUGCUGCUGCUGCCUCCGCUGCAGCCACUGGUGGUUCUCAGCAGCAAGAAGCAGACGAGGACGCUCUUCUCUUGUCUCGACUCGGAUCCCCUCGCAUCGUGCUCCCCAAUCGCAUACAGUCACACUCGUUCAAGUGCAUAAGCAGCAGCAACAAAGCCAUCCAAUUAAUGGCACGAUCGCGCAGCGAUCCUGACGCUCCAUCGGCAUCUCUGCUUGAUCCAAUGGCUGACGUCGUCCUUCCUCCCCACUUCCCCACCCUUCCCCAUCUUUUCACCCCUCCUCGCCUCGCCACUCCCCCUCGUCCACGCUCUCGGGGAGGCUACAGUAAACUGCAGGUAGAUCUAGCAAUCAUCACGACUGUAUCGGAUUUUAUCGGAUUUGAUUUGUUUGGGGAUGGGGAGGAGGAGGAGGGGGGAGGUGCGUCUGGGGAAGGUGAGUCUGGGGCAGGUGGGAUGGACCCGUGGGGUAUGGUUGCUGCUGUGGGUGGGUCGCUCUGGCCUAUGAGUGACUGUACAGAGGGAGAAGAAGCGGCACAAACUGGUAAGGUGCAAUUGAAUUCCGCAGAGGUGCUUGUGGUUGAUUCUACAGAGGGUGACUGUAUGGAGGGAGAAGAGGCAACUCAGCAGGUGCUAGAUGAUGCAGCAGGUGUGCAAGAGAUGAGUGGGGAGGAUGUGACUAAAAAGGAUGUGAAUGGGGAGGAUGUGAUUGGAGAGAACGUGGCUGUAACGGCAGCUGAAGGGGUGAUCGAAAGCAGAGGGCAGGCAGAUGGGACUGUAGAGGAUGUGAGUGCUGCUGAGGAUGUGUCUGGUGGCGAUGUGACUGUAAAGGGGGUGAUCAGCGAGAAGGUGCAUAUAAGGGAGGUGAUUGUAGCAGCCUCGGCAUUGUGGAGGGACGUGAUUGAGCACCGGGAGGAUGUUGAUAUGGCUGUAGAGGGGGCUCUGGUGGAUAGGGUUACCACACGGAGUGAUGAGGGAGAGAAGGGAAGAGGCAUGGAGGAGGCGGAGAGCAGAGUGAAACGAAUAGGUGCGGGUGCUGAUAUGGCUGCUGAUGUGGCUGCUGAUGUGGCUGCUGAUGUGGAUGAUGUGGAUACUACAGACGAUAAGGUGCCGAGCUGGCAGCAGGUGUGCAAGCAGGGGGAGGUGAUUGUAACGAAGGCCAAGCUUCUUAUGAGUCUCUUAGAAAGGCUUGAGUGUGAGGUUGCAGAAUGUGAUGUGCUGAGACUGUCCGCGACAGAUGUAACCCUGGGGGGGACAGAUGUAACCCAAGCAGGGACAGGUGGAACUGUUCCAGAGACAGGUGUAACCCUGGCACUGGAGAAUCUGGUGGUUCUGGCAGAGCAGCAUCUGUUGCUGCUGAGUCAGCAGCAUACAGUGGGAGGACGAAUAGGGGAGGAGGGUGUGACUGUGAGCGAUGUGACUAUAGGCGGGCUGGUGGCAGUGGCAGGCAUGGUGAGAGCGAUAGAGGCUGCGGCAAACGUUGAGGAGGUGACUUGUGAGGCGGCGCCUGUCAUGGGGAAGCGGCGAGAGAAUUCAGGGGUGAAGGGAAGGAGAGAAAGAAUUUUGAUGAAGGGAAAGAGGGAAAGGUCAGGGGGUGUGGGAGCAGCAGGAGGGAAGGAGGGUAGAGGAGACAGGGAGGGUUCAAUGAAGGGGGAGGAGGCAGGGCGUGUGGUUGCUGGGGCGCCUGUGACAGAAACGAGUGUGCUUGUACGGGGGGCUGCAAGUUUCUUGGAUGAAGUGAGAGAUGGGGUGGGCAGGUUGAUUAAAGGAGUUGAUUAUAACAGAGGUACCACACCUGACGAUCUGCGGCGGGAGGGAAUAAAAUCCGCAGAUAAUAGAAUCUGCGGAAAUUUUGUCGUCAGCCAGAGUGACGCCGCCCAGAUUGCGCUGAGUCUUGUGGCGGCUUCUGUCCGGCAUUUUUGUCUUGUAGCAGAGGAGGGCGGUUGCAGGGAGGGCGGCAGCGGUUUGGGCAGGGAGAUGGGUGGUGUGCGGUGGGGUGGGAAGCUUCUGAGAAAGGCAGGGAGGAGCUGUGCUGCUGUGAUUCGUGCUGCUGCCAUGCUUGCAGGUAGGGUGAUUGGGGAAGAGUUUGAAGGAGCGGAGGAGACAAGGGGAGAGGGAAGAGAGGGAGGAGGAGAAGGGAGAAGGAGAGGGGGGGUGAGGAGGAGCAAGAGGACGGGGUGCAAGCAGCAGCAGAUUCGCUACUGCAUGCUGCAGAGAGGCACUUAA